AUGGCCCUUGGGGGCUGCCCUCGCGUGUGCCUGACCCAAUCCGCACUGCAGCCUGCCUCUCCCUGCGGAGCCGCCGCCUGCGCUUUCUCUCGCGCCUGUAGGGCGACUUCCCGCGUGCCGAGGCCGUCCCCGAAUCCCGAGCGUCCUACCGAGGGCCUCACGCGGUGUCCCAGCUCUGUAGUCCCGCGGAGGCGGAGUCCGCGGCGCGGUGCAUGCCGUGACGGCGGUGGGUGGUGCCUGCGCUCUCAUCAUGGCGGCUUAGUGGGCUUCGCGUCUCUGGCUUUGGGCUGCGCUGCUGAUUCCUGUGGCCGCGGUCUACGAAGACCAAGUGGGAGACAGCAAUAUGUUGGGAAGCUCAAGUUUGCCUCCUUGGAAUUUUCCCCUGGGUCCAAGAAGUUGGUUGUGGCCACGGAGAAGAAUGUGAUUGCAGCAUUAAAUUCCCGAACUGGGGAGAUCUUGUGGCGCCAUGUUGACAAGGGCUUGGCAGAAGGGGCUGUGGAUGCCAUGCUGCUGCACGGACAGGAUGUGAUCACUGUGUCCAAUGGAGGCCGAAUCAUGCGUUCCUGGGAGACUAACAUUGGGGGCCUGAACUGGGAGAUAACCUUGGACAGUGGCAGUUUCCAGGCACUUGGGCUGGCUGGCCUGCAGGAGUCUGUAAGGUACAUCGCAGUCCUGAAGAAGACUACGCUUGCCCUCCAUCACCUCUCCAGUGGGCACCUCAAGUGCGUGGAACAUCUCCCAGAAAGAAACCUGCAGCCUCCCAAAAAACAGUCUCAUUGGAACACAUCGGAAGACCUGGGAAAUAAAAAAAAGGGUUGAAUGAGGUCUACUUACCCAACUGCUACAGGAAAAGUAGCAGAUGAUCCUCCGUCUGCACCAAAGCCCGGUAGCCCACUGAGUCAUCCUUCUUCAAGAACACCUGGAUAUACAGCUAUAAGCCACAGUCAAGACCAGUGUAGUCAGUGAGGAUCCAAAUGCCUCUGAGAGCACCAGACCCCAGGAUCCAAAUGCCUCUGAGAGCACCAGACCCCAGGAUCCAAAUGCCUCUGAGAGCACCAGACCCCAGGAGUCAAAGCCUGGACUUUACAGAGGUACAAGCCAUGGCUUGUUAUUUGAUGUCUAAACAAUGUAGCUAUUAUCUGGAUGCCAGUAAGUGAUCCAUAGUCUUAGGAGCCAACACAAUGAUGUUGGGGUCUCCCAGACCUUUCCAUGGAAGAACUUGAGUACUCCACGGGUACCACGCCAUUCAUCCAUGCUCUAAUCACACCCCACAAAGGUGAGCAGGAGGCCGGGAUUAGACUUUCUGCUUUAGAAACGAAGAAGCCACAACCCUAGCAGCUGAGGAACACAACCAGAUGCACACAGAGGCAAUACUGGGUAGUGAUGAGGAGUCCAAGCUGUGGGGUUAGACCUGAAUCUGAACCCCAGUGACACCUCUUACUAGCUCCGUGACUCUGGCUAUGGUACUCGAUCCCACCAGGCCACAGAAUCAUUUUAAAAGCAGGUCAGGAACAACCGCUUCACGGGAGUGUUCGGAGGGUUAAAUCAAUUAAUGUGUAAGUUAAAAGCUUAGAACAGUGCCUGGUGCACAAUGAUGAGCUGGCAUAAAUAAUACCCGCCUUUAGUGUGAUUUCUAACAACUCAGUGGCUCAGGGAGCACUAGAACACAUGUUCAGAGAGCCUAAUCCGAGCCCCAUGGCUAAGACCUGGCCCUGAGGAAAGGACGCCAUGUGCUGAGAAGCCCACAGGACAGUCUGCAAAGAAAGGCUCUGCCUCACCCGCUCAGGCCGAGUGCCGCUCUGUUCCAGGCUAAAUGUAAUCGUGGUGUCCAGCAGCCGCCGACCUGUCUCCACGAGGUAUAGGUUAAUGGUGUAGGUCUGAUUGAAGCAAGCCAGAGAGUCCUAGGGGUACAGACAGCACGUGUCAACUACAGGUAUCCCCCGAAAGCAAAGCCCACCAAAGGAAGUCCAAGGACUGGGGGCAAAUACCCUAGAGAAGGAGCCAGGCCAGAAGGGGAAACAUAUGCAAAGGAGAAUAAAAGAGAAAAGCAAGCUAAAUCCUAAGGCAGAAAUAAGGUGCCUGAGUAAAUAAAUGAAAUUACAACUAC